AUGGUAUUGAAGACGCGGGGUUACCGGCUGCUGUUUUAUCUCUGUGUCCUGAUGAAAAGCUGCUGUGGGCUGCAGAAUGGAGCUACUGAACAUGUCGCUAUCAUCCACACCUCUACAGUGCAGGAAACACUGAGCAAUGUGUCUUUAAAUCGAGCUCGCAGUGGGAGCAGACGCUCAGAAACCACAACACUGCCGGUGAAUACCCCACUGGGCUGCAGAGAGCUGCGUUCCACUAAGUACAUUUCGGAUGGUCACUGCACCAGUGUGAAGGCAGUGAAGGAGCUGGUGUGUGCUGGGGAAUGUGUUCCAGCCCACUUACUUCCUAACUGGAUUGGUGGAGGAUACUGGGCUCGGCGGGAUGCACCUGAGUGGAGGUGUGUAAAUGAGAGCACUCGUACACAACGGGUCAAACUCCGGUGCAAAGAUGGCAGCACACGCACCUAUAAGGUUGCUGUUGUGACUUCAUGCACAUGUAAACGCUACACACGACAAAACAACGAAUCUGCUCUGAAAUCACUAUUUCACCAAGCUAAAGUCAAGAAGCGUGGACGCAAAAAUAAAGAGGUAUAA